AUGUUGAAUGUCAGAGCCGGGAAUAUAAGAUUUCUGGCCAAAGCAAGUGUAAAAGAAGAAAUAAUCAAUUUUGAUGCACGAAAAAUUCCACCUGAUGUGAACAAAAAAGUAGCUGCUCUUAUAAAAAGCAAGGAGUCGUCCUUCAAUCCAAAAAAUGCAAAACGAGCAUCAGCAGCAGCGGCUCCUCUGGCUGCCUGGGUUCGAGCAAAUUUGGACUACUCGACGAUUGUGGGACGUGUUGCUCCACUUGAGGAAGAGAAAAGUACCCUGAUCAGGAAUCUAAACAAAGCCGAGAAACAGAUGGAAAAGUUGUCGAAAGGCCUGGAGACUGUUGACGAGCGAGUUGCAGAACUGAAGCAAAAUUUUGAAAGCCUAAUGAAAGAAGCAACGCAAAUAAAGAUUGACCUUGAUAAGGAAGAGGCAAGCUUAAAAAUUGAAUUGCAGCUCGAAAAAGGAUCUCUUUUAUCGGCUGCGUUCGUAACGUUUCUUGGCUCAGAAUCGGAGCAAAAGCGGGAUGAAAUUUUCAAAAAAUGGAAAAGCCUUUUGAACUUGGACGACUUCAAUGUCCUGGAAUUCAACAUCCCGGAGAUCGAGAGA